GAAAGGGUAGCGAGUCGGGAAAGAAGAGUCGAAGCAGCAUGGCUCGCGAAGAGCGAACCAUCUUCUUCUUUCUCUUCUGCUGCUUCUUCUUCCUGCAUCUCUCCGUGGCUCGCUCUUCGUCGUCUCGCUGCAAGGCAUGGCUCGUCCAAUCCAUCCCCACCGACAUGGCCCACCUCCCACGUGUCUCCGGCGUCUUCUCCACCGCUGACGUUUUCCGGUGGUUGGCCGGAAACUCCACCCGCAACCUUGACAUGAUUGUACAAUACUGGCAGUUGGUAGCUCAACCUGAUAACUCCAAAUCGGGCGAUUAUGGUUAUUCCAAAUCUGAAAUGGAGAGGUUUGGAGCUAAUGAGGGGUUGGAAGUCUAUAAUUCAAUCACAAAUGCUGCCGAUCGGAAGGUCAACAUCAGGAUCAUGCAACACUCCGGAGUCUAUCCUGAUUAUGGUAAAGAGUCGGCUGAUCUUGCUGCAGGAAGGCUGAAUGUGAAGAACGUGACCUUACUGCUAAGUGAGUGGUGGGGAUCUGGCAUCGUCCAUGCAAAAGUUUGGAUAUCGGACAGCAGAGAUGUUUAUAUAGGGUCCGCUAACAAUGACUGGAAAUCUCUUACUCAGGUGAAAGAGGUAGGCAUUUAUCUUGUUGGUUGUUCAAGUAUAGCGAAGAAGGUGGAGGUCUACUUCAACAACCUAUGGAAACUCGCAUCUCUUAACUCAUCGGCAUAUACGAAAACAGUUCAGGAUGGAGAAUGGCAAGCUCGUAGGAAGGUGCCUUGUUGGUCACAUUUUGUCCCACGGCAAGAGAGGUGCAGAUCGCCUCUCCCAAGAUAUGUUGAUGUUCCCCAAGUGGCAGGCUAUCCAAUGCUAUUAGACCCUUAUAUGUUUCGAGUUCCUAUUGAGACUCCUGGCUGCAACAAAUCUGCUUCUGAAGAUCACUCAAGCUAUCUUUCGUUUGCUCCUCCUGAGCUUUCAUUUGGUAAGUUCCAGGCAGAUGAGCAGGGAUGGGUGGACACGAUUAAAUCUGUGCCAGUUGGGGGAACUGUCAGAAUUAGUACCAUGGACUGGCUUGGUCAAUCCCAAUAUUUGACACAAACAGUCUACUGGUCAUCCCUUUCAUCUGCAAUAUCAGAGGUGGUCUUCUCCAAGCAAGCAACAGUCAAGAUACUUGUGGCGUACUGGGCGCAUUUCAUUGAGAAUACAGACCAAUAUCUCAAGUCCCUCCUCCACUCCAACAUCCUCUGUUCAUCUUCAAAGUACAACAACUGCGCUGGUAGAAUCGAGAUCAAGUACUACAAGGUGCCUGGGUUCAACAUGACUGGACCGGCCAUAAGCAAUGGGACUAGUACGGGAAAUGUCUACCCUGGUUACACCAGGGUCAACCAUGGAAAGUAUGCAGUUAGCAACAUACGGGUCCAUAUUGGGACCAGCAACCUUAUAUGGGAUUACUUCUACACAACAGCAGGUGUGAGCUUCGGGACGUACCAUCCCUCCAUCGUCUUGCAGCUUCAAGAAAUUUUCGAUGCAGAUUGGAAUUCUCCAUAUGCUGUUGCUGUUGAGCAGUUGCAUGGAGCAUUCUGAUCAGCUGGCUUACCACAGACAUAACAUGUGUGCAGUCAAAAAACCCAAAUUGGACGGAUAAUGAGCUGAUUCUUUGAAUAAAUAGAGGCAAGAAAUGCAUUUACA